AUGGAACUCAACCGAGAACAUUUUCGCGCCAUAAUUUAUUACAACUUUCAGAGACUCAAAAAUAUUUCGAAAAAUAUGGUCGCGACAUUUGUGUCAAAAGCGGGUCAUAUUGCAACAAUUCCUCUUAAUGAGCGAAAAACUGUUACUGCGGAUUGGUAUACCACCAUUUGUUUGCCAAAAGUCAUCACCGAGCUUCGAAAAAUCAACCCCGAAAGAAGAAUCAUCCUCCACCAAGACAAUGCAAGCUCGCAUACAGCCCAAAAAACAAGGCAGUAUUUAACGGAAGAAAACGUGGAAUUAUUGGACCAUCCUCCACAUAGUCCCGAUCUAAGUCCUAACGAUUUCUUUACUUUCGCGAAAAUUAAAAACAGACUGCGUGAAGAAGCAGUUGACGCAUUCAAAAAUGCCUGCUUCAAAAAUUGGUUCGAGCGCAUAGAGAUGUAUAUUAAUCUUCGUGGAGAAUACUUCAUUUAA